CAUUACACAUAACACAGCACAAGUUCUAGAGAAGACAACCUUAGCCAAAAACAAAGCAUGGGUUUACUGUGGUGGCGAAAGGGGAAUAAACCCCAACAAAAUUCCCAAUCCUCCUCAAUUCCCAAAUCCAAUGCCGCAGACACAACCAAACCCCUCGCUGAGGCCCCAGGCAUGAACGGCGCCGUCGAGGUUCCCCGACCACCCAACGCCACCGUGUCGGUUUUCGAGUUCGGCUCCGUCGCCGCCUCCAACGACAAGGUCACGCUAGCCGGCUACUGCCCCGUAUCGGAAGACUUCGAGCCCUGCCGCUGGGAGAUCCUCCCAGCAACUCAGUCCAACGCGCCUCAGUUUCGCGUAGUUUUUUGAUCUCAUCUCUCUGUUCUACUUGUUCUGCUUACGCUCAUGGGAUUCAAUUUUAUCUACUUUUGCUAUAAAAUCACCUUCGAGUUACUUUUA